GUCUUUAUAAGAGGCGGCACUGCUGGUUGAGUAAUGCAGCAGACAACAUUAAUUUUAGUAUAAUCCAACUCCGAAUCAAACGCUUCAAAAGAUUCCAACUUUCCAUCAUGAUUUCUUCAUCCAUCUCUCUCAGACCCUUCCUUCACUCCCUUGUCCUUCAUCACCACCAUCAGAGAACAACUGCUUCAAACAGUUGGGCCUGCUUGGCUUUUGAGAAUUCAGCAAAUUUCGGCACACAGAGAGUGAUUUUUGCAAAGGGUUUCAGGCUGAAUUGCUUGGUUGAUAAAGUGAUGGAUGGGACCACAUCAUCUUUGGUGAAUGAUGCAGUGGAUUGUUUUGCUGAAGAGGAAAUUUUGGAGCCUAAUAUCUCAACAUUGGUUAUGAAUUUCGAGAAUAAGUCUGAUCCUUUUGGAGCAGUCAGUAAUCCGCUCUAUCAGACUGCUACUUUUAAGCAGCCUAAUGCAAUAGAAAAUGGUCCCUAUGAUUAUACCAGAAGUGGAAAUCCCACUCGAGAUGCUUUAGAAAGUUUGUUGGCGAAACUUGAUAAGGCGGAUAGAGCCCUAUGCUUCACCAGUGGAAUGGCUGCUCUGAGUGCUGUUUCUCAUCUUGUUCAAGCUGGUGAGGAAAUUGUUGCUGGAGAUGAUCUAUAUGGUGGAACAGACAGGUUGCUGUCCCGAGUAACUCCAAAGCAUGGCAUUGUGGUCAAACGGGUAAAUACAACUGAUCUUAAUGAGGUUGCAUCUGCUAUUGGACCCCGGACUAAGCUUGUGUGGCUUGAGAGCCCAACCAAUCCUCGAAUACAAAUUACUGAUAUUCGAAAAAUAUCUGAGAUGGCUCAUGCACAUGGUGCUCUGGUGUUGGUGGAUAAUAGUAUAAUGUCACCUGUGUUGUCUCGGCCAUUAGAACUUGGAGCAGAUAUUGUUAUGCACUCAGCUACCAAAUUUAUUUCUGGACAUAGCGAUAUUAUGGCUGGUGUGCUUGCUGUGAAAGAUGAAAGGUUGGGAAAAGAGUUAUAUUUCUUGCAAAAUGCAGAGGGUUCAGGCUUGGCUCCAUUUGACUGUUGGCUCUGUAUGCGAGGAAUCAAGACGAUGUCCCUGCGAGUUGAGAAACAACAGGAUAAUGCUCAGAAGAUUGCCGAGUUCCUUGCCUCCCAUCCUCUAGUGAAGAAAGUAAACUAUGCUGGUCUGCCUGAUCAUCCUGGACACGAUUUACACUACUCGCAGGCAAAAGGUGCAGGAUCUGUGCUUAGCUUUUUAACAGGUUCCCUGGCACUCUCAAAGCAUAUUGUUGAAACUACCAAGUACUUCAGCAUAACUGUCAGUUUCGGAAGUGUGAAGUCCCUCAUCAGUUUGCCGUGUUUCAUGUCGCACGCAAGCAUACCAUCGGCGGUUCGUGUGGAAAGAGGCUUAACCGAAGAUCUAGUGCGCAUAUCUGUGGGGAUUGAGGAUGUGAAUGAUCUCAUUUCUGAUCUAGACAAUGCCCUUAGAACUGGCCCUGUGUAAUUUCUUCUAAAUAUUCAGUUUUAGUUAGUUGGAUUGUAAUUCCAAAAAUGGAAAAAAAAAAGUUUUUGGAAACAUGGGUUGCUCAUCCUACAUUGGGGUGCCUUGAUGGUGCAAGGAAACUUCAAUGUAUUUUAUUAUGUAAAAUAUGGAAAAAAAAUAUUAUUAUCAGCACUGUAGCUUCUUUUGGCUCUUACUGCAAUUAAAGUAUCCAAAGCUUUUUUCUAUUUUGAUCA